AUGUUUUCUCUCCCGAUCCUCACAGCACUCUUCACUCUCGUCGCCUCAACCCCUCACCCGUCUUCCCUGAAAUGGGACGUCUACCUUCAACCAUCUGUCCCAGUCGUUUCUCCUCCCGGUCUACCUUCGAAUCUAAGCUUCUCCCCAACAGCUUUCACACUCGUUCAUUCCGCCCACCAUGCAAUCCUAAUCGACGCUCCAGUCACUUUCGCCACAACCGAGAAACUCGCUGAUUGGAUCAAAACUAAGAUCCAAGGCAAGAAACUAACACACAUCUACAUAACUCACGGCCACGGAGACCAUUUCUUUGGUCUUCCAAUCCUACAACAAAAGUUUCCAGGCGUGAAAGCUGUUACCACUCAACAAACCAUUGAUCACAUGAAUCAACAGCUUUUUCCGGAUGUAUUUGCAAGCUUCUGGGAUUCCCUUUUCCCCGGUGCCAUUCCUAUACCUACAAAUAGAACUGAGGUUAUCGACGCUUUACCGGAGAAUGGAAUAUUUUACAUUGAUGAUACAGAGAAGAAACACGUGGUUCAAGCUGUGAAGGUUGGACAGACGGAUACCUACAAUACUACCAUUCUCCAUAUCCCAUCGUUGGAUAUGGUGGUGACAGGCGAUGCAGUUUAUGGCUCUUGUUUCCAAUACCUUGUUGACACGAACACGACUGCACUAAGGAGUCAGUGGCUGAGUGCUUUGGAUGAGAUUGAAGGAUUGAAGCCGAAGAUUGUGGUACCAAGUCAUAUGCAGGAGGGCGAUGGGUUCGGACCUAAUCAUCUGAAGGAUACAAGGGGAUAUAUAGAUAAUUGGGAAAGAGAAGCUGAUAGGGUUGGAAAAAAGGGAGGUGCAAAGGGGAGGGAGGAGUUGGUUGAGAGAGUCAGGAAGCAAUAUCCUGAGAGGAUUGGAGACUUUAUUCUGGAGGUCAGUGUGCAGGAGGUCUUUACUCAAAAUUGA